AUGUUUGCCGGAGCCGGCGGUGCCCUCGGACACCCGCCACCGGACUCUCCAACUCUUGAUUCAUCCGAACAAGUCUAUAUCUCCUCUCUUGCCCUCCUUAAAAUGCUCAAACACGGAAGGGCGGGGGUGCCAAUGGAAGUUAUGGGGCUUAUGCUAGGGGAGUUCGUAGAUGAAUACACGGUUCGAGUGGUGGAUGUAUUCGCCAUGCCACAGAGUGGGACAGGAGUUAGCGUGGAGGCCGUGGAUCAUGUCUUCCAGACCAAUAUGCUCGAUAUGCUAAAGCAAACUGGCAGACCCGAGAUGGUGGUUGGUUGGUACCAUUCACAUCCAGGUUUUGGGUGUUGGCUUUCUGGCGUUGACAUCAAUACUCAGCAGAGCUUUGAAGCUUUGAAUCAAAGGGCAGUUGCGGUGGUGGUGGAUCCCAUUCAGAGUGUUAAGGGAAAGACAACUUCCAAUCUGGGACAUCUCAAUAAACCAUCAAUCCAGGCUUUGAUUCAUGGUUUGAACCGUCAUUAUUACUCUAUAGCCAUAAACUACAGGAAGAAUGAACUUGAGGAGAAGAUGCUCCUGAAUCUUCACAAGAAGAAAUGGACAGAUGGCUUGUCCCUUCAGCGAUUUGAUGCCCACUCCAAAACAAAUGAACAGACUGUUCAGGAGAUGCUUAAUUUAGCUAUCAAAUAUAACAAAGCAGUUCAAGAGGAAGACGAGUUGCCACCAGAAAAGCUAGCUAUCGCUAAUGUGGGAAGGCAAGAUGCAAAGAAGCAUCUUGAGGAGCAUGUCUCAAACUUGAUGUCUUCGAACAUUAUUCAGACAUUGGGAACUAUGUUGGACACUGUUGUCUUCUAG